AUGGACCCCUUUCAAGAUCCCGCUCCGUCCGGAUUGCAAGCCCACCACGACGACCUCAUGUCUUCCACUCCAGGACGAAAACGCGUUGGUUUUACUGCAGAAGCACCAGUAACCCGACCUGUAAAUGUGCAUUCUCCUGAGCAGCAGGAUACAGGCUCGAAUGGCCACAACACUCCCCUCCAAAGAUCGGACGUAUCACAGGAUGAGCUUCAUCGGUUAGGAGAGUCCAUUCGACUAGCACUCGGUGAUGAGUACCCUCAAAGCCCUCAACCACCCGUUGUGCCGUUACGCGAUGUUCAGAAACCUCGGCCUGCAAUACGGAAAGCUGGACGCACACCCCCGGAGUUCUUUCUGAACGAUGAGCCUAACCCUUUCGACGAUGAGAUGUCCAGCACGCCAUCCGUUGGAGCCCAUGCUAAGGAGAGGUCUGGGCUUGAAGCUCAGCGACGAGCAGCAAAGCUAUCCAAGUCGGUUGGCACCUACUCAGCUCCAAUAUCUCGUCGCAACUCACAAGAAAUCAUGUCCCCGAUGUCACCAACGUCACCAAUGUCACCAUCGAUUGAACUACAGAAUAUACCGCACUACAAAGCCGAAGCGAAGCCCGUCGACGAUGCAGACGAUGAUCCGCAGUUCAUGAAGCGCGCGUCUAUGAUUCUUCGCCAGCAUACAGUUCACGCCCAUACGGCCCCCACACUCAACCCUGAAGACUUUUAUCACACCGAAGCGCCACUCCGCUCUGGACAGGUGACACCUCGUGACCUUGAGGUUGAAGAUGAGCACGUCACAAGACCCAUCAAGUAUCGAACAGGCGUGCUCGGAACGCUUCUACAAGUAAACAACGCCGCCCAAGCUCCCACACGGCCUAGUCACAUUCGAAACUUCAGCAAUGGCACCUUCAGCGGCGCAUCAACGGUUGGUAAUACACCCAGCUCGUCACCUCCAGCAUCAGGUUACUCAACUCCCCGCACACCCGGAAAACCCUGGUUUGGUCGCCUCCAAAGCAGUAACUCUGCCUCUUCCAUUGGACAGCUGGUUGGAUCAUCUGCUAACUCUCUCGCGCGACCUGCGCAACGAGAGUUGGGCAAUGAAUUCGAAGAGCAGUACAAAAAAGCUCGUCCGGGUAUGGGCAAGCGAGCAAAGUCUGACGAAUCGGUCUUGGGGUUCAAGAAGGCCAGCAAACGCCGCGAGCAUGACAUGAAGAUCAAGAUCCACCUUGCUGGCACAUUGGCAAGGCAGAACUACCUUCGCAAGCUCUGCAAGGCCCUGAUGAUGUACGGAGCGCCCACACAUCGACUGGAAGAGUACAUGAACAUGUCGGCUCGCGUACUGGAGAUCGAAGCACAAUUUCUAUACAUGCCAGGAUGCAUGAUCAUCGCUUUUGACGACUCUUCGGUCCACACCAGUGAGGUUAAGCUCGUCCGGACAAAUCAGGGUGUCGACCUUGGUAAGCUGCGCGAUGUGCAUGAGAUCUACAAAGAAGUCGUACAUGAUCGCGUUGGCGUCGAAGAAGCGACACCUCGGCUGGACGCCAUCAUGACACGCAAAGACAAGUACAACCGCUGGUUGAGAGUCCCGGUAUACGGACUAGCAUCCGCUACUGUUGCUCCAUUCGCUUUCAAUGCUCGAUGGAUCGAUUUGCCGUUCUGCUUUCUGCUAGGUUGCAUCAUUGGGUGGCUGCAACUUGUUGUGGCCCCUGGAAAUGACUUGAUCAGUAACGUAUUCGAGAUCGCCGCUGCUGUCAUCACGAGCUUCAUCGCACGUGCUCUAGGAUCGAUCAGGCAUAACGGCACGGAAUUGUUGUGUUUUAGUGCGAUGGCACAGGCCAGUAUUGCGCUCAUCCUACCUGGUUUCAUGGUUCUCUGCGCGUCGCUUGAGCUUCAGAGCAGGCAUAUCGUAGCCGGCUCUGUACGCAUGGUAUAUGCCAUCAUCUAUUCCCUAAUCCUUGGCUUCGGAAUCACCAUAGGUACCGUAUUGUACGGCAUGAUGGACAGCAACGCCACGUCAAGAACGACAUGUCAUGAGCCGAUGUCAUCAAAUUACUACUACCUUUUCGUUCCCGCUUUCGCCAUCUGCCUCCAGAUCGUCAACCAAGCCAAGUACAAACAAAUGCCCUCCAUGACUGUCAUUGCUUUCAUUGGAUGGGUCGUCAACUUCCACAGUUCCAAGUACUUCAAGAACAACGCGCAGAUCAGUAACACCGUUGGCGCUCUGGCAAUCGGCAUUGCAGCUAAUGUACACGCUCGGUUCGGUCGUUAUGUGGAGAACUGGUGCCUAGAUACCUGGGAGAACACGCUGCGCCCUCACUUCAUCAAGUUCCAGAAGAUGUGGAGGCGAAACCGCCACGGAUCCCAGCGUUCAGCCUCGAAGCUCGAGCGCUCCGAGUACAGCAGUACCCACAAUGGCAGCCAUCCAGGCUCCUCAGCCAGUUCGAUCAGCGACUUCACACCACAUGCACGCAAAAUCGGCUACGGUCUCGCCGCAGCCGCUAUGCUACCAGCGAUCUUCGUCCAGGUCCCAUCGGGUCUCAGUGUACAGGGCUCCCUUGUAUCUGGCCUCGCUUCCGCCGAUUCGAUUACACGCAACAGCACGGGCAAUGCCACAGUUAUCAGCACAGUGGAUUCCACCACUAGUAACAGUCUCAAUUCCAUUGCACUGAAUGUCGGAUUCUCGGUUGUGCAGAUCGCCAUAGGUAUCACAGUGGGAUUGUUCUUAGCUGCGCUACUAGUUUACCCUCUGGGGAAGAGGAGGUCUGGGUUGUUCAGCUUCUAG